AUGGGCAGAAAAUUCAACGCGGACGGCACAGUGAACAAGUUUCCAGGCAGCACCGUUGUGUGCCACCUGCCUCAGCAGGGCGAGGGUCGGGAGAUGUUCAAAAGGUUGCUGGACUUCUACAGAGCAUUUCCUAUUCUACUGUUCAAAAACAAAAUAAGCAUGCUGCCGUCCUCGAGUCUUCAUGCGACGAUGUUUGACUGCAUGCACGAGUACAAACGUCAGUCUGAUAGCUGGCCGAAGGAGGUGCCACGAGACUUGCCUAUGGAGCAAUGCAAUGCAUGGAUGGUGAAGAAGCUCACUGAGACGCCGUUCGAGAUUGACUUGCCUAUCCGGCUUCAGGUCGACAGAAGCUACGUUGAGCAGACGUCGCACGGGGGCAUGGACACGUGGAAAGUUGCUCUGCUGCCUGUGGAUGAGAAAGAGGAACAGAAGGUCAGGAAGUUGCGCGUAGAUAUUGCCAACGCAUUGAGCAUUCCUCUACCGAGCAUCGAGUCGUAUAGGUUCCACAUGACUAUCGCAUAUUUGAACGAGGAGUUCACCGAGGAGGAGUCGGCGCAGUUGAAGAGAAUCAACGAUGAAUUCCAUCAGGAGGGGCACGUUGUGGAACUGGGCCUUCCCGAGGUUUGCCGGUUCGAUGAUAUGUUCUACAUGGAAAGACUAGCAUAUCUAGGACAGAAAAAGUAA